CCUUCUCUUACAUUUUUCACGUAACCCCCCGAAAUCGAGCUGCGCUAUUGGUUUCAUAUAUAUCGCUAUGUCUUCCAAGACUUCACUUCACUCCGCCCUCUCCCUUCCUUCCUACCAUGGACUUACUAUGUCAUCAUCAUCGCCGUCGUCGUCCACCCCGUUUAACGACAUUGCCCAACGAACUGCUCAACGAGAUCGCCUUUUACCUCGCUUGCGACACUCUCGUCGGCCUUCCCUGCUCUCUGUUACCCCUUUUAUUGACUUGCAAAAGGGUUUACGAUGCUUUGAAGGAAGAUCAGGCGAUCUGGAGAAGAGUCUUCAAGUUCAAGUUCAGCUGGAGUUCGGUGGAAAGAAGAAGGGGUGCCAGUAGUCGUGGACGCUACGCCAACGGGAUGAGGAAAAUGAGGCCGAUGGAAAACGCAGAUUAUCAGUUUCAGCUGCAGUUAUACGUUCGGACAUUGAAGGAUAUCCGGACGAGGGUUGGGUUCUUGCACUUGACAACGUCUUCGUCGUCUGCUAGUGAUUUAGGGAAUGGCGAUGACAACGGCAACGAGGAAAAAACAUUUGCAGAUCCCGUUCCCGACCCCUCCCACGUUGAUUUUGAUGAACUGCAGAGCGUUGAAGAGCUCAUGUGGGUUUUGUGGGUGAUGUGCCUCGAGGAUGACGGCUGCAACCGCAUUCAGAUGGAUGGAGCUGGCGCUUAUGAAUGGGUAGAGGCUUUCGUUCGUAAAAGGCUCUACAAUGGUGCAGUUGAGGGUUGGCCUCGAGACAAUGCCGUGAAUAGUUGUGCGUUGCAUGUGCUGUGGUAUCUCACUACCAAGGAACGCCUCUUCCUAGAAUCUGACCAUGCCCGAGAAUCUCUAGUCCGCAUCGUCCUUCCUUUCGUCACGAUCCCAUUCCGCUAUUCAUCAUCAUUUGCCCCCCCAAACCACUUCCACCUACCACCUGUUGAUGCCCAUUGUCGAACGACAUCAAUCCCCACCGCUCAUGGACCCUACCCACUCUACCUCUCCCCCGACCAACGUGUAUGGAAACACGUCUUCUACAACCGCCGAGUACCAAUAACCAUCCCUCUCAUCACCGACGCUGCCAAACUCCUCUACGCAGCGCGCCGUGAGCUAUGGAGGUUCCCUGUGAUGCAUCAGCUCGCGAGGAACAGAACCGAGUAUAAUCUGCGUACCCCGGUUCAAGCGGACGGACAACGGCCGAUUCGACCUACACAGGAAGACUUUGAAGAGCUGAAUGAAACUCUUUUGGGCGGUGAAGCUAUGGUUCCGGGUUCAAGUACUGAACAAAAUCCGUACGGAGUAUCAAGGGCAAGGGCAAGGGGUCGUGGAGGUGGAACAGCGUUGACUUCGCUCCCUACUGUGGUCUACUCACCACUCAUCUCAACCUCAACCUCUGACGUUGGUUAUUCGGCUCGCCACGUCAAACAUAUCAUCCAGAUCGACGAGUCGGGAUGCGCCAGUCAAAGAUGGGACAAGGAUUGGUGGAGGUUAAGAAAGUGCUUAAACUGUUUUGAGGAUGAUUCUUCGUUCCUUUAUGACGUGGAGGACGUUGAUGAUGAUGCCGACUGGGAGGAUGAUACCGUAGGUAGCGAUGACGACGUGGAUAUCGGCGUAGACGAUGCGAAGGAGAGCAUACAACCAGAAGAAGGGAUGGAUGUCCGAAAGAUACGACCGCCGCCUGGGAGCGGAGUUCAAGUCUAUACACCAGGACAGAUGACUGGUUUAUGGGUUGGGAAGAUUUUCAUCCCCUCACAACGGCAAUUCGAAGACCUCAUGCAUGCCACGCCAGUCCAACCAGGUCGUUCCCCCAGACUACCGGAGAACUUUAGCGAAAAUACGUUCAGCACUGUCGCUUCUCUACCUGUGUACAUGAGAUUACGAGAACACCGCCGUACCUCAACGAUCACACGCCCGUCAGCCUUGGUUCCGGAAGGUUCGAUGUUGAACGCGUGGUUUCCCAAUCGCAUGGAGUAUAAUGAAGACAAGGAUAAAGGGGAAGUCCAGCUGUCGUUCGACGGUGCCAGGAGGGCGUUCUAUGAGACCAUACACCGUGGAGAAGAGGAUAUAGACGAAGGUUGGGAAGGGGACGAUGAUGAUGAUAUCAUCAUCACAGGAGAGACGGAUCCCAGGCAUGGUCAGGCGUGGAAGCACUAUCAGUUCUAUGGGAGGAUUCGGAAGUGGGAUGGGUGUGUUACUAUAAUGAGAGUUCCUGCAGAAGACACCCGAACCUCGAACUCGGGAAAAGGCAGGAUCCUCUUCUACGGCACGUUAGUAGGGGGCGGAAAGAAUUUUGUUGGGAACUGGAGGGUGGCUGACAUGGAUGAAACUUCUCCUGCUUAUGAGGGUGCUUUCAGCUUGGGAAAGAAGGAAGAGUAGAGUGGAGAAGGGGGUGCGGG